GUAAAGCAACCCGGUGUGUAUAAGUUUCAGUUUUUUAAGAAGCACAGAGGAAACAGAGCUGCUGUGUAAAAGCGCACACGAAGUCACAUUCCUUGUUCAUAAUUGUUGAUUGUUUACCGAGUUUCUGAGCUGUCGGAGAUGAGCGCGAGCCUGAGUGAGCAGUAUGAGGAGAAGGUGCGUCCGUGCAUCGACCUGAUCGACUCUCUGCGCGCGCUCGGUGUGGAGAAGGAUCUCGCGCUGCCCGCCAUCGCCGUGAUCGGAGACCAGAGCUCGGGGAAGAGCUCGGUGCUGGAGGCGCUGUCCGGAGUCGCGCUGCCCCGCGGGAGUGGUAUCGUGACGCGAUGUCCGCUCGAGCUCAAGAUGAAGAAGAGCAGAGAGGAAGACUUGUGGCAUGGAAAGAUCCAGUACCAUGAUUAUGAGGAAGAGAUUCAUGAUCCAGCAGAUGUGGAGAAAAAGAUUAGAGAAGCUCAGGACCAUAUGGCUGGGGUCGGUGUGGGCAUCUGUGAUGACCUCAUCAGCCUGGAAGUGACAUCAGCCAAUGUUCCUGACCUCACGCUCAUCGAUCUGCCUGGUAUUGCGCGUGUGGCAGUCAAAGGCCAACCGGAGAACAUCGGAGAACAGAUUAAGAGGCUGAUCCAAAAGUUCAUCAAAAAGCAAGAAACCAUCAACCUGGUGGUGGUGCCAUGUAACGUGGACAUCGCCACUACUGAAGCGCUGAAGAUGGCUCAGGAAGUUGAUCCAAAUGGCGAGAGAACCCUCGGCAUCCUAACGAAGCCUGACCUGGUGGAUAAAGGCACGGAGGACACGGUGGUGUCCAUCAUCCGUAACGAGAUCAUUUACCUCACUAAAGGCUACAUGGUCGUCAGGUGCCGAGGGCAGAAGGAGAUCAUGGACCGCGUCUCUCUGCACGAAGCCACCGAGAAGGAGAAGGACUUCUUUAAAGACCACCUACAUUUCAGCACGCUGUUUGAGGAAGGCAUGGCCACCAUUCCCAAACUGGCUGAGAAACUCACGCUCGAACUCGUUCUUCACAUCGAGCGAUCUCUUCCACGACUAGAGGAGCAGAUUGAAAUGAAGUUGGCUGAAAUCCAGGGUGAACUGGAUCGCUAUGGCUCAGGGCCUCCUACAGAACCAGGAGAGAGGAUAUAUUUUCUGAUUGACAAAAUCACAGUGUUCACUCAGGACGGCAUCAACCUGACAACUGGAGAGAAUCUGAAGAGCGUGUCACAUUUCAACAUCUUCUCAGGUCUGAGGAGGCAGUUUGUUCUCUGGAAGAUUCAUCUAGACAGCUCAGGACUGACAUUUAACAAGAGGAUUGAGAAGGAAAUGAAGGACUAUGAGGAAAAAUACCGAGGCAGAGAACUCCCAGGAUUCAUCAACUACAAGACCUUCGAGGUGAUCGUGAAGGACCAGAUCAAGCAGCUGGAGGAACCUGCAAUCAGGAGACUGAAGGAAAUCUCAGAUCUCAUUCGGAAGGGUUUCAUCCAGCUGGCCCAAUACAGCUUCCUGGGCUUCCCCAAUCUCCUCAAAAUGGCAAAGACCAAGAUUGAGAACAUAAAGCAGCUGAAGGAGUCCGAGGCCGAAUUGAUGCUGAGGACUCAGUUUAAGAUGGAGCUGAUUGUCUACACCCAAGACAACAUGUACAGCGACACCCUGAGCACGCUGAAGCACAAAGAGGAAGAACAAGAGAGACUAAACUUUGGUGUGGCUCGCCCUCCUCAACAUAGUUUAUACAAUCACUCAGACAGCAAAGCCACUCUUGAGGAACUGAUGCGUCACCUCAAGUCCUACUACAACAUUGCGAGUAAGCGUCUGGCUGACCAGCUGCCGCUGGUGAUCAGGUACCUGCUGCUGCAGGAGUCGGCGGCGCAGCUGCAGAGAGAGAUGCUCCAGCUCAUACAGGACAAAAACAACGCGGAGCAGCUGCUGAAAGAAGAUCAUGACAUCGGCAGCAAACGCAACAACCUGCAAAACCGCCAGAAGCGUCUGAUGGAGGCCCGCAACUACCUGGUCAAGUUUUAGAGUCGAUCAUGAAAUAUAGUGUCUAUUUUGGUAAAUUAUACUGAUAUAUUUAUGGGUGGUAUUUCUGAUUGGAUCAAAUAGCUAUUUAAAAUCCCUCUGUUACGUUUCUGUUAAAGGAAUUUCUUACUGUACUGUGUUGAGUCUGUUACAAUUAUAUCCUAGAUUUUUUUUAUAUCCUUUUUAAAAAAUUUUUUUAUUGUUUCCUGUUUGUUAUACUUGCUAGCAUAAUUCUUUAUUAUUUCUUUUUCAACUGGACUAAUAAGGAUGAAUUAGGAAA